AUGGACCGUAUCGAGCUGCAUUGUCACAACUACAGACAACACUGCAUUGGUAUUGUAUCAGUCAUACAAGACGCCACUGAAACCAGCUUUAAUCAACAGAAUCCCGACUAUCGACUACACAGGAUUUGGUUGGUAAAUAUGAGUGACUGGAUCAGUAGAGUUUGUAAAUGCAAAAUCAAGCCAGCCAAAACGUGCGAUUUGAAGUGUGGUUAUCGAAUGUUUGAGUUGUCGGCAUUUAGACCCAAACCAGAAUGCAGUACACAAGAAUUAAAACAAUGUCAAAAUUUGCUCAUGUUCUGCUACGCAGUUCAAGCAAUAUCUGAUAGUCACUAUCCCACCUGCUGGCAGUCUGCAUACAUUGUAUCGAUUGUACUGAUUGCAUGUAUCAACAAAAAUGACGGUGAUCACAUUGAUCACAUUGGUAUUAAUGGCAAGUACGGUAUUACGCUGGUUGAUGCGGAUCUCGUUGGCUUGCAAGGUCUUGCAAACACACAUUGA